ACCAGUCGUGCGCGUUCUCUCGUAGGGGCUUUACGUGAAUUGUGUGAAAAUUUCGUUCGGCGUCACAUGUAAGCACGAUGGAUGUUCUUCCGAGCGGUAACCUAUUCCGCGAGUUGCAAGACGUAACGGACACCGGCUAUUUCGAAUGGAAGCUGUCCCUAGAAGACUAUUGGCAACAGACAUGUUACGAAAUGGAGCGGUACCUUCGAGAGGAGCCCCGGGGGAAGCGCGUCGAGCCGGCCCAGGAGGAGCCAUGGGCGAGGGCGCAGGUCGCGUCCCCUCCCUCGCCGCAUUCAUCACCCCCCCAGAGAGUUUACACCGUCACCGUGGUGAAGACUGAACCUCAGAGCGAUUCCGACGAACCUAGAGAAGAGCCUGUGUGUCCUGCCCCGAUCCGACGGCCCCCGGUGGCUCGCCAGGCCGCAACUCCGGCGCCCUCUACCGACCCGCGCCGCCGCGUCCAUCGCUGCGAGUUCCCCGCCUGCGAUAAAGUGUAUACUAAAAGCUCGCAUCUCAAGGCGCAUAAGAGGACGCAUACUGGUGAGAAGCCGUACAAGUGUUCGUGGGAAGGUUGCGAGUGGCGCUUCGCCCGGUCCGACGAGCUGACCAGACACUACCGCAAGCACACUGGUGCGAAACCCUUCCGCUGCCGCCACUGCGAGCGGUGCUUCUCCCGCUCCGACCAUCUCGCGCUCCACGCCAAGCGCCACACGUAGAUAGCUAACCAACCUGCCACUCCCCAGACGCGACAGCAUUAAGCCGAACCCACAAGCGUUUCCAGUUUGCUUUAGCGUAUCACAUCGGCGCGCGCCAUUUUAUUUCAGAGCAUUAUUACGUUUGUUACGUUUUGUGAUUUAUUUAAAUUGAGUGAAGAUUGCUCGUUUUAUGUUGGUUUAAGUUUACGCGGUUUUUGUAGCGCGCGUCCCUGGGGAUGGAUGUGUUCACAGAGCGUUGCAAGCCAAAGAAUAUCGCUACGAUCCGUAGCCGAGUCAACACUCAUUGCACCUAAUGCUUUAAAGUUAUUUUUAAUAUCAUUUUUAUUGUCGAAAAAGUUUAAACUCUUUGAUGUUUUGGCCUCUAUCGUUGCGGUAUUUUGUUGCAAUAUGGAAACAUUUUAUAUUUGCCGUUGUUUAUUGUGUAAAAGAUUUUGUAAGCUUUGUGUACAGAGAGGUUUUUUUUAUUUGGCGUGGUCGCAAAGCGGCCGUGCGCCGAAAGUUGUGCCAUCAUUAUCGUAGCGGUCGACGUUCGGGGGAGCGGUGCGGAGAGCGCGGCGCAGCGCAAGCCGCUUGCAAGUCCUACGCACCGUAUUCCCCUUCGUCAACUCGCAUUUCACAUCACGUGACAUAUUAUUUAUUGAAACGCGGGAUGUUCGGCAGAUAUUCCCACCGACGCCCAGCACAACCCUAGUUUUAAGCUUAGUAGGAUGUGCGUCGCGUUACCUGAUGUUGUGCUGAUAUUUCGAAACAGUUAUUGGCAAAAUGGUUAGUUUUAUCACAUCAUCUUUAAAGGUCGAUUACUUACAUUAUACGACAAAUUUCCAUAACCACCUCAAUGACUGUUUCGAAAUAUUGACAAAAACUUUUAUUUUUAUUUUGUACUGUGUUUAUUUUUAAGGUAUUCGUAAAAGCGAUAUAUUUAAUUUAAGCUUUCUUUUACUCUUUCAUUCCGACGUGUGAGCCCGCGGUGUUCCUUACAUUGUUUUUUGUGUUUGUAAGGAAAUGUCUGCUUACUUAUUGUUCACUGCGGGCUUGCAUUUAGAUUAUAGCUCGUACGCCUUUACACAUGUAGUAAUAUUAAAAAACUUAAUAUAAUUUAUCUAUGUAACAAUAUAUUUAUAUUCAUUAAGUCGAAUACGUACCUAUACAUAUAUAUCUUGAAUUCACAUAAGCUAAUUGUGUAAAGGCGUUCAUAAACAUAAUUUAAUGACAAGUUGAUUCUGAAACACAGUCGCUAUUUUUUAGUCAAGUAUCAUAAUUGUAAGGCUUCAUAGUAGAUUCGAUGUUAAUAUUGAUGUGAUAUUAAAGUCUCAACACGCUCUAGACACCUAUUGAUACAUACAUGAUUUCGAUGAAAACAUUUUGACAUCGAAAUUACAGAAAAUCCUCACAUUCAAUCAUUUCCCAAUAAAAAAAUUACAUUUCUAAGAACACGAAACAGAAUUAAUAUAUAUACGGCUACGCUUCACAACGACAAAGUGAAAGACUUUGUGGAUACAGGGUGUUGUAAUAAUAGUGUUUUCAAAACGGGCUCAACAUUAUAGAAAAAUUUUGACAUAAACAAGUAACAAUUUCCCGAAGUUUCUUUUUAUUGCUUUUUCAUAUUGAUUUAUAAUGUAAGUAAAACGACUGUUUUAACUGAGUGCUUAAAUAAAUUGUAAUAGGGCGAGAUUUCUUUAAUGGCUGGUGAUGUGGUAACUCAGUGAUUGAAUCUUCGUGCUCUAUGUGAUUAAGCCGGUGGCCAAUGUUGCUGUCUUCCCGAAUUUGUCAAAAUUUUAACAUUAAACGUUCUCGGGACUAGUGGCCAAGUUAAAUCGAGUUUCGGAAUUAUAUGCCCUUUAAAUGUUCAAUAACAUAUAUGCAUAGGAAAUUUGUGUGCACUAAAUUGCCAAAUGCACUACUAUUUUAGGUAUAAAAGAAACAAUAUAAAAGAUCUUUAACAUAUUUAGACUUCGACUUCGAAAUGUUUCAACUGAUUUUUUAUAACUGUGUAAAAUUUUAUGGGUACUAUAUAAAUUAUAUUAAUGUGUAUAAAUAUACAUAAAAUUUUGAACCGAAUGUUGUAGAAAAUUAUCGUCUGGUUCCUAACUAUAAUUACUAUAAAUUUCAUAACUGCGAAACUAUAAAAUGGUUGUUUAUUAUUUUCAAAGUAGGACCUUGUGUCAAAACUUUUGAUAAUUUUUUUGUACAGAUGGUACAUAAAAUUUGUAGAACGUUUUGUUAUAAGUUUUUUUUUUAUUAAAUUUAUUCGAUGUUUACAUAGUUUUAUGUCUCAUAUCGCUUUUAGUAGCCAUUUUUAUUGAAAAUGUAUAUUUCUUAACAAUCUUAUUCAUAAUACAACUUACAGUCUGAUUCAAAAAAAUAACAUUAACAUGAUUCUGAACAUUAACGAUUUACAAAAGACCGCUAUAUCUAAAUACAAUUAUUUUAACACAUUGUUCUUAUUUAAAAACAAAAUUGUACAAUAAAAUUUUCAUUUAAAAAUGCAUGUCUUAAAUUUUGGCAUCUUAACAGAUGCUAAUUUUUAAUUAAUAUUGAAAGUUUUGUAUUAUGAAUAAGACCAUAAUUUCCUGUUAAAGAUAAAUUUAAGAAAUACUUAAAAUGUGAUUCAGGAGUUUAUUUAAUAUAUAUGUAUGUAGAAAAUUAAAUAUAAUAGCUAAAAUAUGGCAUAUAGAAAAAAUAUGGAGAAUUUUCGUGUAUACAUGUGCUUCAAGGUAUAUGAUAGGUAAAAGAUAGGUGUGGUUAGAUGUCAAAUAUUGUAUUCUUUGGCACUUGGGCUAACAACUGCAUGUUAGUAGAUUAGUAGCAAAAAUAUUAUAUUAAAAUAUUGGCGUUUAUCAAAUAUAAAUGUAUAGUUAUAUAAAUUUAUUAUUAAUUAAAAUGUUAACAAAAUUUUGAUAUAAAAGUUGCGGCUGUGUGAUAAAGAAUCAACCUGUAUAUAGAUAUACGUAUGAACCUACUGAACUGUAGAAGCACGCUUUAAUUGUGAAGUUUCUUCGUUCUAUAAUAGGAAUAUUUCUAUAUUCUUGUAUAGAAAAUCUUGCUUUUUAUAGAAUUUUGAGUAUGAGUUUAUAUUAAGAUGUAUUAUUGUUAAAUGUCUUUUCAAUAUUACAAAUUGAAAACCUCUUAUAAACCUGUAUUAAGUUUUCUUAUUUUACAUUUCUGUAAUUUCACAAAUUUAUAUUAAUAAGAUAAGCUUUGUAAAACCUAUUUUUAUAUGAUUUAACGCACAAUACCACUACUAUUUUCAUAAACUAUUUUAUUUUCUACUUAUAUUGACAGGGUUGUCAUUUUGAGAAUUUAAUGACUGGUGGAAUUAACUCACUUUUUGCAAACUUAUGACCGUAAUCUAAAUAUUUCAACUAGUUAGAAUAUAAGAGCAUGUUAGCAUUUUCAUUUUAAAUUCCUUUAAAUCUAGCAAAGAUUUAAGAAUUACAUGUAUAUGUAAAUUAUUACAAAGAUGUGAUGGUUUACAUUUUGUUUUAUUUUUAAUUCUAAUUUCUUGGCAAUGUAGACAGUGCAUGGACAUAUUUGUCGUUGUUGAAAAUGCAAUUUUUGUUUGUAAGUUACAUUCCAUAGUGCUUCUAUGUCGGUAGGUUGAUGCAUGAACAAGGUGUAUUACUGUGCUAUGAACAAACGGACGGUUGAACUGAUAUCCUGUGUGUUUGAAGUCAAGAUAUAUUUUUUUAUAUCUUGUAAUAUUUAAUAUAAAUGAUUGAUUGUUCAACCAUCCGUAUAAUUCAAUGAUAUCAGUAUCAAUAGAUGUUUAAAAUAUAAUAGGGUAAUUGACAUUAUUUUUAAUUUUAUGCCAUUUAAGGUGCAAAAUUUUGUGAAAUCUCCUUAGUGAUUUACAUAUAUGUAUAAAACCCUGUCAAAUGUCGUUCACUCAUUAACACUAAUAUCUGUGAUUAAUAAUAACAUUGUUUGUAAACUAUCCGGAUUAUUAUUUUUAAAUGUAUUUAUCUCUCUCUCUGAAUAAC